AUGAGAAGUUUCAGGGUGAGGAAGUUCUCCGAAAGGAGUUGCCAGCGGGGCGGAAGUGCUUCAUACUCCGCUUGCCUGAUGUCAUUGGCCCUUUUGAUUCGACGUGACUUGGCCAGCGUGAUGAAGUAUCGUCUGUGGGCCUACUGGCAUUGGCUGCGUGCUGGUGAGGUUGGGGCACCACCGCCGCAGGUUCAGAGCUACAAGCGCAAGAGGAAGAGCUGGGACGCUAAUGGGGAUGAGAUUGCACAGGCUCCCUGCAAGAUUUUCACAAGACCUUCGCGGUGUGCCAGUGACAGCAAAGCGUUUUUGUUCCAGCUGGUCACAGAAUUGUUCAACUCGCAGGCUGGCGUCAGCAUGAAGGCAGCAACACCCGUGUAUGGUUUCAAGCCCAUGCCCUUGGACCAAGUCCUGCAAACUUGCGUGGACUUCUUUGAGAGGGGCUGCGUGGAUUACCCUGAGGAAGCAAAAAAAGCGGCUAUGAAGCUGCCAUCAGAGCCAGCUGCCACUGCUUUAAAGGUUUUGGAGCGUAGCUGCGGCUAG